AUGUCUUUGGACGCUCAAAAUCAGGCCGUGGUGCCCAUCGAGGCUGCCCUUGGAGAGACGAAGCCAAAACAUAGUUGGCGAUUCUGGGCUGUCUUCCCCGGCUUGUGCUUUGCCAUUUUGCUUGCCGGCCUCGACACGUCCAUCGUCGCAACGUCAUUGCCAACCAUCUCCGCCGACCUCAAUUCAGGUGCCCUGUAUAUCUGGAUUAUCAAUGGCUACUUCUUGUCGACAGCUGCGGUUCAGCCGCUCUUCGGUCAGGCUUCGGACAUCUUCGGACGCCGCAUCCCGAUGCUCGUCUCUAUCGCCCUCUUUACGCUCGGCAGCGGGCUCUGUGGCGGAGCUAAAGAUACUCCAAUGUUGAUUGCGGCCAGGCUUGUACAGGGCAUUGGCGGAGGUGGUUUGUUCGUCAUGGUUGACAUCAUCGUGGCGGAUCUUGUUACUCUACGAGACAGGCAAAAAUACAUGUCAGUUAUCAUGGCCACGUUCGCGCUGGGCACCUUCAUUGGGCCCAUCAUUGGCGGCGUUAUUGUCACGGACAUUUCAUGGCGCUGGGUGUUUUACAUUAACCUGCCAAUUGGUGGAACGGCCCUGGUGCUUGUCUUUCUGUUCCUCCGCGUUCACUAUAAGCGUGAAGGCACACUACUGACCCGGCUGCGGCGCGUCGACUUGCCCGGAAAUGUGCUUUUGAUGAGCGCCGUCGUGUCAGUACUGAUUGCCCUGACCUGGGGCGGUACUCUUUAUGCCUGGGACUCAUACCAUAUUCUGGUUCCGCUCUUGAUUGGAGUUGCAGGGCUCGUCCUUUUCUAUCUCCACCAGAAAUACCUGGCGGUCGAGGCCACAAUGCCUAUCCGAGUCUAUAGUAACAGUGUUUCACUGCUUGCUUACAUACUUACAUUCCUUCAUGGCAUCGAGAUGAGUUGGCUAAGCCUCUUCCUUCCAGUCUAUUUCCAGGUUCUUCUUGAGGCCAGUCCCCUCAUGUCCGGCGUAAACUUGUUGGCGAUUGUGAUUCCCUUGAUGCCUGCUGGUAUUAUUGGUGGGUUGACGAUUGCGAAGACUGGUCGUUAUAAGCCUACAAUGGUGGCUGGCUACGCUCUUCUAUCGAUUGGUGUCGGCUGUCUCACGAUCCUGGAUUCGUCUUCCUCUACUGCGAAAUGGGUCAUCUUCCAGAUAAUUGCUGGUGUUGGUGGUGGAUUGGCCUUGACAGCAACGUUACCGGCUGUACAGGCGCCGCUGGAUGAGUCUGAUGUAGCUGUUGCCACGGCCUCCUGGGCUUUUGUGCGCAGCUUUGGCUCUAUCUGGGGUGCGGCCAUCCCUUCAGCAGUGUUCAACUCUCGCGUCGACAAUCUUCUCGAUACAAUCAGCGAUCCGGCAACGCGAGAAAUCAUGAGGCGAGGUGGCGCCUACCAGCAUGCGACGGCUGAUUUCAUGUCUUCCUUCAAUGGCACAUUGAAGCAAGAACUUCUUCACGUAUACACGGCGGGUAUCAAAGAGUCCUGGCAGGUUCUGAUUGCGUUUGCCGUUGUCGCCGUCCCUAUUGCCUGUUUCAUCCGUGAAGUGCCGCUCCGACAAGAACUAGUCACAGAGUUUGGGCUUGAUGAAUCUGAACAGAAAAAAGGUUCCAGCAAUGACGAAACAGAGCUGGUUACAGGACUGACUACGGGCGAAUAAGAGUACGUUACAGGUAAAAUAUUUUGCGCAUCUCCACUCAUAUAUAAUCCUUCUUCAG